UCUCAGAACAGAGAGAAAAUACAGUUCAUCUCAUGUUGACUUUCCUAUUUAUUAUGACCCAUGAACUUGUAGCGUGAUUUAUAUGUUCUUUUUAAGAGGGUUUUGUUGUAUAUGAAAACCUGUCUGAUUUUAGAAUGCUCAUUUAAGAAAUUAAGAAUUGUGUGUACUUUUCUAAGUAAACUUUUUUUGAGUAUUCCAUGCUUACAGAAAUGUAUAUGCACAGAUCAUAAGUGUGUGGCUUCAUGAAUUUAAAAGUUGUGAAUUUUUUCUCAAUCACAUUUCAGACGCUAAUAUCUGGAGCCGUAGUAGAACAGCUUGACUUCCUACGGAUCAGUGACACAGAAGAGCUUCCAGAAUUCAAUAGUUUUGAGGAACUAGAACUUCCCAAGCAUUCAAAAGUCAAACGACAAAGCAGUACCCCCAGUGCGCCUGAACUGGAACAGCAACCAGAUAUCGCCGUUACUGAAUGGAAAAACAAGCCCACCCACGAAGUUCUUCAAAAACUGAAUGUGAGGAAGUUGUAAUUCCCACAUGGCUCCAAGUGAGGCUUUCAGAGCAGGAAUUCUCAGGGCCAAGCCAUAUUUCUUUUGUCCUCUCAGAGAAGGUAGAUGAAAGUGCCUGGAGGUGGACGG